AUGUCCAAGUGUCGCAAAAUCGCCGUCCUCGGCUCCAGCUUAGUGGGAAAAUCAGCCCUGACGUACCAACUCAUGGAGAAGAUGUUCAUAAAAGAAUACAAUCCAACGAUCGAGAGCACGUACAGAACAACCUUCACAUACAACUCCCAGGAGUACGAGCUGGUGGUAACCGACACCGCCGGCCAAGACGAGUUUUCCAUAUUCCCGGCGCAGUACCUCAUCGACGUCCACGGCUACGUCCUCGUCUACGAUAUCCUGAAUAAGAAGUCGUUCGAGGUGAUCUCCACGCUCCACGACCGCUUGAUAAACAUCACGGGCAACGCCAACGUCCCCCUGGUCUUGGUGGGAAACAAAGUCGAUCUAGAUGAGUUCCGGGAGGUUUCGUUCGAAGACGGAAAAACGUUGGCCGCGAAAUGGAACGUGACGUUUCUGGAGACGUCGGCGAAAAAUGGUGACGAUGCCAAGAAAAUUUUCAACGCGUUAUUAAGGGAGAUCGAGAGGAUCAAUGGAAAUGUGUCGCGAGAUGGAUGUGUUAUGUGUUAG